UCUCGAGAACUGUGGAGGUUCGCGUGCUAAAAUGAAUUCGAUUGUAAAGUACAUUUUUUUAUUUGCCAUCCACACUAGCUCUUCCGAUUGGGUAUCAGAUUGGAUGAAUCCUGUUCAAAAUCAAUUUGAAGACCAGCAAUCAACACCGGUUUACGAUUUAUUAAAAUCGGUCAUGGAUCACGAUACAGAUCUUCAAACAUCGACGAGCCUUUACGAAUCUUACAAAAACGACGGAAAGAUCCGUGAAAACAAUGAAAUAUCUACGGAUGCAUUGAAAACGAAACUUGAAAAUACGAUUAGGAAUUCAAAAAUACUAGCGGAGACAUUGAAAACACAGAUCGACGUUAUAACAGCCCGGGAGAAUGCGUUGAAAGACGCCAUCGCAAAUGGCAGGUUUGGGGUGACAUCGGCGACGGUUUCGACUCUGGGUCAAGUACCCCGUUCGUACAUAAUCCGCGACGGACGAUGGACUCUCUGCACCUCGCUGAUACAAACAUCAGCGGAACCUUUAACAGGACCGCGAUGUACUGGACAAGAGGUAUCAGUCAAGCGAGACCCGUGCGCCUUUAACUCUGUUAUUAAAUACGAAACGAUACCGACACAGCGACGACUGUUGUACGUUGAGGAUGACUAUUUAUGUUUGAAGACGAACUUCAAGGACACGCUCGAGCGAUAUCUGAGCGUCACGACACGAAUCCUCAAUGAAACUUGCGUAAAUGGUACACUAAGGAGUCUUGCUGAUAACGUAUUGGAGUGCGGUAUAAGGACUCUGACCGAAUACACCUUUUAUCCUCAAGGAAGCUCUUCUUUUAAGCUGCCCCUUGAAUACUGCGCGGAAGGAGACGGUUCUUGUAAAUUGAUCGUCGCAUGGCACAUUUCCAAUGCAACCAUAGAGAAUUUUGAAUUCUUUAAAAACGAACAGGAAUUCAAGAACUAUUUUAUGAAAUCCGGACCGUAUUUUAAUCGUAUUUUUUAACAAAACAAAUUUGAGUAUCGAUUACAUAAUUAAUCGAUAAUGCGAUUGAUUUUUAAUUAGAAAUCGGAAUAGAAAAAAAAAAGAAAUACUUAUGUAAAAAAUUUGCAAUAAUAAA